AUGGUCGCCAUUCACUCUUUUAUCAUCCUCUCUGCUGCGGUCGGCAUUGCGUCUGCUGGAAAAUGCAAGCCUGAAAGCCGUUCAGGCUCCAUCGUGCCAGUGGCAAGCAGCACCGUUUCCGCCACCGUCAGCAUGAUCGAGUCUACUACUACGCUGUCAGAUACAACCAUGGAAACGAGCCUUACCAAGUCUGAUGCAGAGACUGCUUCCACUGAUGCGGCCUCGGUAAGCGCCUCGGCCUCAAUCACAAUCAGCGAGUCUUCCAGCACUGUGGCCGAUACCACCGCUGAAACGAGCAUGGCGGAGUCUACUGCUUCCAGCGUCACCUCUGCCGACGCCAGCACUACGGAGUCCAAGCCCACUACUUUCCUUACUUCUUUCACCACGUCGAAUGUAGACACUACCACCGAACCUGCAACCACCACUUCAGCUGCCUCCGGUCCCGUCGUCACCUGUCCCUCCGACGUAGACCAAUGCCUUGGCACCAUGGAGAUUCAAUGCAGCGUGCUCCUCGGAGGAUUGAACAGCCCUAGCAUUGUCGCUAAUAUGAACGAAUGUGCUCAGCAAUGCAACUCUGACAAUUCUUGCCGAGCCUUUACAUAUAAUGAGUACAGUCAUGAAUGCUUCAUUGUCACUACCCAAGAGAUUGUUGCCGUAGAUAUUAGUGGCUGGGUAUCUGGCAUCAAGGGAACCUGCGGUGAAAGUACCGAGUCCAGCAGCACCGUCUUUACAUCCAUGGCCGAAACUACGACUACCGAAGCGGCAACUACUACAACAGCCCUGGCACCUGCUGAUCCUACCUGUCCCUCAACAGUUGAGCAAUGCGCCGGUGACUCAGCCGUGUUGUGUGAUGUGCAGCUCGACAAUUUGAUACUCGUAGGAUUCUCCAAAGACAUCCUUGAGUGCGCUUCGUUCUGCGACGCAGAUGAGGAUUGCGCCGGCUUCUCCCGUGUCCGCUCGAGCGGAGGAUGCUUCAAGGCCAUUGCUGCAAUUGCCGACGUCACCGAAAUUGACAGAGAUGGCUGGGACAGUGGUAUCAAGCAUUCCUGUGGACAAGACAGUGUGCCCACAACUACGGCUUUCACAUCCACUGCCGAAACCACUACAACCGAAGCGGCAACUACUACAACUGCAGCGGCACCGGUGGACAACUGUCCCCUCGAGGCUGGUAUGUGCAUCGGGACAUCGAGAAUCCAAUGCGACGUUGGUCUCAAUGGUCUAACACUUACUGGGAGCGGUAGUAUCGCGCAGUGUGCUCAGCUCUGUGCGUAUGAUGAUACAUGCACUGGCUUUUCCCGCAGACGGGAGGAUGGUGCGUGUUUCAUGACUACCUCUGAGUCUGUUAUCUCGUCUGAGCGAGAGGGAUGGGACAGCGGUAUCAUGUACUCUUGUGCCGCUUAG